CCUCGGUCCGAGCGAAUGCCUUGGGCCAUGAUGCGCAGCCUCCCCUCUUCCCGGUUUCCCUCUUGGGCGCCCCCGAUGUUCCGCGUGCCCAAGCCCGUGGAGCCUUGCGCGCUCUUCUGCGACGAGGACGAGUUCGGGUGUCACCUGGAGGUGAACCCGCGGGUGGACGGCUCUGUGUACGUCUGUGGUUGCGGUGGCUCCAAGUACCUCGACGAGAGCCAGCUCAGGUCGUUGGCGCCCGAUGAGGUCUUCCCAGACCCGCAGCGGGUCAAGGCCGCGUCCGCAGCGUUGAGGUCCAAGAUCUCGGUCGCGGAUGGCGUGGAGCCAGAGGCGAACGCCUGCAUCCGGCCCUGCCCGCCCGACGCGCGGCCCAUGCUGGGCCCCGUGGGCGACAACGCCUUCGUGGCGUGUGGGCACAACUGCUGGGGCAUCCUGUGGGGUCCGCUGACGGGGCAGAUCAUGGCCGAGCUCGUGACCGGCGGCGAGCCCCCGGCACCCCGCUUGGGCGCGCCUCACCUCAAGCAGUGCCCACGGAGGGAGGGCAUCGGCUGUGCCUAAGAGUGUCCUUUCGCUGGAGUAGCCUUUGGUCAAAAGGCAUGACACAAUAUUGGAUCGGUCAAACAAUGCUCAAGCAGGGCAGCACCUGGUGUUCCAGAGGUACCGCUGGCCGCGUUCGACCCCGGCCGGUUCGCCCUGAAGAAGCCCAAGCGGGGCCGCCACAUGCAGGAGCAGCCCGUGGGAGAGCAGUGGUGAGCGGGGGGCGGCACGGAGCCCCCCUCGCAACGGCCCCGUUCCCGCGGCCACUUGAGCGACGCCAGGAAAACGAGCUCGUCUGCGCUGCCAUC